GCCACCAUGGAGAGUUUACCGUCUACUUUAUGCCGAGCUCCCUCGGUUCCCACCUGCUCUUCUUCUCACCUGUUCCUCCCCACCUCAUUCCUGGAUUACAUGUUCCCUGCUGGCCUCUCCUGCUCCUUUGGUGACAGAACCAGAGAAUCAACUCAACUCAUGAUGAUGAUUCAUCACCUAGUGCAGGUGUUAGCAUUAAUUAGUUUAAGCUGUUGAUGUACGGAGAUAAAGACCCGGUAGCGGGGUUAUUCUUUCGUUGUCCAGAAACGACGGCUCAAUUCACGUUCGUUGGUCUUUUCUCCAAGGCUUUGAGUUUAUUCCAAGAGUGGAGGGACUUGCUUUAUCAACUCUAGGCCAGCUCAGAGAAAGAGAGCGAGAGAGACAGAGCGUUGGUGGUGCCGUGAGCAGAAACUUAUGCCUUUGAUGAGCUUGAAUUUGUAGAGAGGGGAGAUGGACGGGGAAGGUGGCACUGUGCAGAAGAAUUUGGAGAGGGCAGUGUCCCAAAAGGCACUGCAGAUGAGCAACUCUGCUUCUUGUAAGGCGGCUGUGGUAGGGUUUUUGGCCGGAGUGUGUAUCACUUAUCUUUUUCUUGCUGCCGUCACUUCCGUUGGGAUACAAAAGCUCGGAGCAGGGGAAUUGAAGAUUCCCAUGGGAGAGACGGAGGGAAGAUUCAGAAACCAGACAAUUCUUCCAGUUCAUACGGAUAGAGAGUUUGAAUCUGUUAAAACCGUCAAAGAAGUGAAAAAUGAUCCAAGAAUUGCAUUCUUGUAUUCCGCUUGGGAAGAGCUGCUGAACUCUAUCGGCCAGAAGCAAAUUAAAAGCAGAGAACCAAGGUUUAACAUGAUCCCCAAGGCACCCCAUCUUGAAGAUUGCAAAGCUAGAACGAAAAUAUUUCACCAACUAGAUAUGAUGGGGCCGCCAUGGCCGCGCUGGCAAGGACGUCUAAUUACUGGACUUUCAGACGAAACUUUGUCUCCGACGGUUGCAGAGACUGUCGGGUCUGUCCCAUUAAUAAUGACAGAAGCAGCUAAUCCGCCAUGGGUUGUUGGAGCAGACGAAGAUAAUUACCCUUUAACCAGAAAAGUCCAGCAAGAUCUGUGGGUACAUCAACAUCCACAAAACUGCAAUGAUCCUCAAACAAGGUUCCUUGUUGCUGACUGGGAGAGGGAGGCUGGUUUCGGCAUUGGGGCUCAAAUUGCUGGAAUGACUGGAUUCCUAGCAAUUGCAAUCAAAGAGAAGAGGGUACUUGUCACGAACUACUUCAAUCGAGCAGAUCACCAAGGAUGCUUAAAUGGGUCAUCGCGAUCACAGUGGUCAUGCUAUUUCUUCCCCGAGACAUCACCUCAGUGUCGAGAACGUGCCUUGCAGCUGAUGAAGACGGAGGAUGCUUGGAAGAAUGGAACACUAACGACAAACGGUAAUUACACAUCGAAAGAGAUAUGGGCUGGAACAAUUCCAAGAGUAUGGGGUAGCCCAUGGGAGGAUUCGCAACCAACAACCGAGAUAGACGGAAGGUUGCUGAAGAAUCACAGAAAGAUGGAUAGGAGGUGGUGGCGUGCACAGGCGGUCCGUUAUUUGAUGAGGUUCAAGAGUGAAUACACUUGCGAGCUACUAAAUGUCGAGAGGCAUGACGCCUUUGGGAUGCAAGCCGCUCAAAUGGUCGUCAACGUCCUGCCAGAACACUGGCCGCAGGCAGAAUACUCUGGCAGAGCAACCCCGAUGGAGUUGGAUGAAUAUGUAUGGUCCAAUAGGAUGCCAUGGGUGCCCAGACCAUUGUUGAGCAUGCACGUGAGAAUGGGAGAUAAGGCAUGUGAAAUGAAGCUGGCUUCUUUCGAUACGUAUAUGCAGCUCGCUGAUCGCAUAAGAAAGCGCUUCCCCAAUUUAAAGGACGUCUGGCUCUCUACAGAAAUGCAGGCUGUCAUCGACAAUUCGACUCGGUACGCUGGUUGGAGGUUCUAUUACACAAAGAAUGUGGCAAGACAGGUGGGCAACACAUCAAUGGCUGAUUACGAGGCAAGCCUAGGCAGGGAGACCAGCACAAAUUAUCCGAUCGUCAAUUUCUUAAUGGCGACCGAAGCAGAUUUCUUCGUAGGUGCUCUUGGAUCGACAUGGUGCUAUCUAAUCGAUGGAAUGAGAAGUACUGGUGGGAAAGUCAUUGCUGGAUAUAUAAGCGUCAAUAAGGAUAGGUUCUGGUGAGAUAUAAGGAAGGUGUGCUCAAACUUAUUCAACUUUGACCAUCAUGGUCUCAAGGUUGGACAGGCAUGGGAGGAUCUGUAUUAUAGCAAAUUGGGAUGUAUUAUAAUUUGAAGGAGAUGAAUGUAAAUUAAAAAUAAGGAACGCCAUUACAUUUUUGUUUGUUCUUCUACUUCAGCUGUAGUUUGUUCUUCUACUUCAGCUGUACGGCCAUCCAUUAGAAUUAACAUGCAUGGCGUUUGGGAAGUUUUGUUAA